AUGAACUGCAGUUCUGAUACCCAGACCUGUCUCUUCGAAUCUGCGAACCAGCCUUACGCCAGCGACUCCAGCCCCGACCCUGGCCCCCACACCCCGCCGGACACCACCACCAUGAUUGCCACCCUGUGCAGCAACAUUCUCUCACUCGAGACUGACGAGAUCAUGUCGGCAUCACCAAAGAACGCCAGCAACGUCGAGAUUGCCCUUAUCAUGAUAGUCAACUCAGCUCGUCAGCUGCUCAUGGCACUUGAGGAGGAAAAGGGAGACGGUCUCUCUGCCAGUGAUUGA